AUGUUAUCUGCCUCCACUAUUUAUGUGGCUGCACAAUCAACCACUAUCUAUAUUGAUGCGAAAUCAACCAAUGACUCUUUGAGUUGUGGUACCGAUAUUACAACACCAUGCAACAGUUUGAAAUCUGGUAUUGCUGCCUACAACAAUUUGAAAGUAAAUACUCCAUUGGUAUUGUCUAUGAACCAAGGAAACUACGGCAGUCCAAACAAUACAGACCUCAAUCUCUAUGGAAUGAAUGUUGCAUUCCAACAAACUACUGGUGCCAUCCAAACCACAUUUAUCGAUUUGUCACAAAACAGUCAAUUCAUUACUGUUGUCGAUCCAGUUGGUGGAGCCGCUCCAACCGUUUCCACCACUACUUCUAUCGCUAUGAACGGUAUCUAUGUAGCCAAUGGUAAUGCUACCAACGGUGGUUUCAUUCAGAUCUCUACCAACACCAAUGUCUCACUUUCAAUCGUCAAUUGUGAAAUCAAAUCGCACACUGCUAGCCAGAAUGGAGGUGCUAUCUAUGUCCAAUCAGAAGCCAACUACAACAACGUUCAAAUCAAUAUCCAACAAUCGCAAAUCGGUGCAAACAAAGCUGCUAUUGGUGCUUUCAUCUUCACUAGUAACAACACUCAAUUGUACAUCAACGGUACUUCCAUCUUUUUGAACAACGCCACUUCCUCGAGUGUCAUUGCUCUCACCGGAGGUAAUUUCACAUUCAACCAAAUUACAUACAAUGGAAACAACAUCUUGGCCGGUUCACACUUUGUAUUCAACCAAGUCCAAGCAGCAUCCUCCGUCUCCCAAUCGACUUUCAACGAAAACCAGAUGGCCACUCCAAACAAAGGACCAAUCAGCUCAUUGCUCUCUGCUUCGUUCUCCGUUGUAACUUUCAACAACAAUGUAUUCACUAACACCUUGAACUUGGAUGUAAUCUACGCCAACCUUUCACUUGUCAAUAUCAACUACUGCAACUUCACACUCGGUAUUAGUUCUGAAUCGAUCGUCCACCAAGACACCAGUGCUCUCAGUAUCCAGAACUGUCUAUUCAGCAACAAUACCGUUUCACAAUCGGUUGUCUAUGGUUACCAUUCGAAUCAAUUGGAAGUUAGCAACUGUACAUUCGCCAACAACACCUUUUCGAGCUCAAACGGCUCCUAUGAAAUCGUUGUAAACCAAGUUCAAACCGUAACAAUUAAAAACAAUAAUUUCGAGAGAUCCACAAGUGAGUCCUCUGCUUCGAUCGGUUGCACAAGUAGUGCCAUCACCGUGAUGAACAACACCAACGCAUUGCUAUUCUUUAUUAAGAUUGAUUAA